AUGCUCUGCCGAAGCACAUCAAAGGUCCCGCUCAGGGCAUUCGCUGGUGUUCGAUCCGUCGUCGAAAUCAAUGUCGCCACAUCGGUCAGGUCGACGAGACCUCCUUCGGCUCCUGCGGUCAGAGCCUUUUUGACUUCUGCAAGCUUCGUUGAUGGUCGGACAGACCAGGGAGGCAAGGAAAAUAUCCCUAGCGCCGUCCUGCACCGAAGCCUCAAGGAUGCGCCCCUGCAGGUGGUUUCAGGUGACGGCAAAUACCUCACAUUCUCCAAUGGCCACAAGAUCAUGGACACGACCUGUGGUGCCGCUGUGGCAUGCAUUGGAUACGGCAAUAAGCGAGUUCAGAAAGCUAUGACGGAGCAGAUGGACAAGUUUGCGUAUUGCAACUCGAUGUUCUUUGGACAUCCCGUUGGGGAGGCGCUGGCAGCCGAGCUCGUCAACGGAACAAACGGAGUCAUGUCAAAGGCAUACAUUAUGUGCUCUGGGUCGGAGGCGAUGGAGUCGGCCAUGAAGAUGGCACGCCAGUACUAUGUGGAGCUCAGCCCGAAGCAGAACAAGCGAGUCAACUUCAUCGCUCGCGAAGGCUCCUACCACAGCACUACAUUGGGAUCUCUUUCAAUGAGCGGCCAUGUUGCACGGCGAAGCCUCUUCCAGGACAUGCUUUUGCCAAACGUUCAUCGCGUAUCCGCCUGCAACGCGUACCGGGGAAUGAAGGAAGGGCAGACGGUUGAAGAGUACGUCCAACAGCUGGCAGACGAGCUCGACGCAAAGUUUCAGGAGAUUGGGCCGGAUACGGUCUGCGCCUUUGUGGCAGAGCCGGUGGUAGGAGCGACACUGGGCUGUGUUCCCGCCGUUCCAGGCUACUUCAAGGCUAUGAGAAAAGUCUGUGAUAAAUACGGCGCUCUUCUUAUCCUGGACGAAGUCAUGUCCGGCAUGGGCCGCUCCGGAACGUUGCACGCUUGGCAGCAAGAAGGCGUCACGCCCGACAUCCAGACGCUCGCAAAGGGCCUUGGUGGUGGUUACGCAUCGGUUGCCGGAAUGCUGAUCAACCAUCGUGUUACGGAUGCCCUGAAGAAUGGCAGCGGGGCUUUCUCGCACGGACACACAUACCAGGGCCAUCCUGUUGGAUGUGCCGCGGCAUUGGAAGUCCAGCGCAUCAUCCGAGAAGAGAACCUUGUCGAGAACGUUCGGGAGCAAGGAGCCUUGCUCGGAAAGCUGUUGCACAAAUAUCUCGAUAGCCACCCGCAUGUCGGUGAUGUUCGCGGCAAGGGCUUGUUCUGGGGGAUCGAGUUUGUUGCCGACAAGAAGACCAAGGAGCCAUUUCCGCCAUCUGCCGGCAUCGCCAACGCCGUCCACACCAAAGGCCUAAACGACCUUGGCAUUAGCUUGUAUCCGGGAACGGGCACUAUGAAUGGCGUUGAAGGAGAUCAUGUCCUCUUGGCGCCGGCUUAUACCAGCACAAGAGAGGAGAUUGAGGAGAUUGCACUAAAGGUCAAAGAGGCGGUGUUGCAAGCAUUUGAGGGGGUCAAGUUGACUCGGAAAUAA